CUUUGUACAGAAACCAUGUCUUCUUUGCAUUUGUUCUGUGUUUUGGAAGAAGGAAUUGUUUUUGAUCGGUGGAUUUGUUCUGUUCAGAAUGCAGAGGUGGUGCCGGAUAUCUCAGACGUACCAGAUAUUCCACUUCCUGGACAAACUUGUGGAGAGACCCAAGCUGACCCACGACACCAUACAGGCACUGGCCAAGAAAUACCACAAGAUUGCAGAGUCUCACAUUGUGCUGAGCUGACCAUGAGAUGGUGCAUGCUGAUCAUCAAGAGUAACUUCACCUCUGACCUGCCCAAAGUCAGGGCCUUCCUGGAGAGCCAAGGGAAGAAGAAGUACACCCUGCCCAUCUACCGUGCCUUGAAGGCGGGGAGUCCCGAGGCGCAAGACUUCGCUCGAGAAGUCUUCGAGGCGAUCAAAGACACUCUCCAUGUUAAUGUGCGCAAUUAUGUACAGAAGAUCCUUAGUGCUUAGACCAAAAACAACAUACUCAUUGUGGUACAGUGGAAGCAAGACCACUGUGAACAUUGCAACUUAGAUUAAGUGCAGAUCUGCAUUUCUAGCAGUAGCUGCUAGAGGGCAUUUGUGCAAAGGUUUGCAAUGUUUAUGCUGGGCAAUAAGAGUUGCAGCUACAGAUUGUAGAUAAAUGUUUGAUUUUUUUUAUGUCAAGCUGUUUGUAAAAACUUUUUAAUAUGUUCCUUGAAAGAUAUAGAAGAUACCUGCAAUAUACAAACCAUGUCGGCAUUUCAUGAUAAUGAAUACUUGUCAGAUAUAAGUAUGCAUAGGGAGGAACAAAUGUUAAAGGUUGAAAAUACACACUUGGAAACAAAUUUCAAUAUUCGUCUUAAGUUGAGUUUUACUUAUCUCCCCCUGUGGAGUAUGGAUCAGUCCAACUGUCAAAUAUGGCUGUUGCAAACAUCAGUGAUUAGGACUUG